AGGACGCUUGACGGUGGACUGAGGCGGGAAUAUGUUUGCUCUGUUGACUGACCGCAGAGGCAAGUGUCGGUGGUUUUAAAGCUGAGUUUCUCUGACUGAAGGUCUGCUCUUCAUCAUCUUCUUCAUCAUCAUCAUCAUCAGCUGAUCCAGGACCUGCGCUUCAGCACCACUGACUGCGUGGGCUGUGAAUGGAGAAUAAGGCGAUGUACUUGACCACCACCCAUGAGGACCAGGAGAACAGCUCUUUCUAUGAGGAAAGCUAUGAUGGCAUGAACCUGUCCAAACUCAACCUGUGUGAAGAAGUAAAUUCUACAAAGUACAGGAGAAAGACUGAUAAUCGCUGUGGUCAGUUGGAUUCCUUAACUUCAAUCAAAUAUGCCAUCGUGUCCCUUUAUAUUCUGGUGCUGCUCACUAUAUUCGGCCUCUGCAUAGCAGUAUCAAAAAGCCAUGCGUCCUGGAGACGUGAGGAAGCACUUCUGGAGAAUGUGACGCGGCUGGGGGAGCAGUCGGAGACCUUGCAGACGUCUCUCAGCCAGAUCCCGUCCCAGAGCGACCUUCUGGAGAACAUCUGGAAGCUGGAGAGCCUCUUUCACAACCAUACUGAACAGCUGAGGCUGCUGGGGUUACUGACACAGGGUCUGGAGCGGGACAUUAAAGACCUGCAGGCCUUCUCAGAGCACACCACUGAUGCUGUGGCUCAGCUGUGGGAGCAUCUGUCCAUGAUCAGCCAGAGAAAUAGCACCAACCUCUGGGACGAGCUGGCCUCCGCUGCCGGCUCCAUCCGAGACCAGGACGCACUCUUAAAGACAAUGGUGGGGAACGUGGAGACUUUGCAGGAGCGUUUGAAGGAGGUGGGCUGGACGCUGCAGACACUGAACCAUUCGCUCGGGGGCGAUGUGAGUCUGCACCAGAUCAAAAUCUAUGAACUGCAGGAGAAAAUUGUAAAUGUGACACAUGACACCUUAGGCAUGAGGAUCACACAAACACACCUGGAGGAUCAGCUCCGGAAUGAGAUUCAGGUCCUGAACGUGGUCACGGCAGAUCUGAGGCUGAAGGAGUGGGAGCACUCCAUGGCUCUCAAAAAUCUGACCGUAUUUCAAGGACCACCAGGGCCGAAGGGUGAGAAGGGUGAUGUUGGACCCCUGGGACCAGACGGUAUUCCUGGUUGGAUUGGACCAAGAGGCUUGACUGGAGAAAAGGGCAUUCAGGGUCCUCGUGGACUAGCAGGACAAAGCGGGCAGGAUGGACACAAUGGAGAUAAAGGAGAGGUCGGCCCUGAAGGACCCAAAGGUGUGAGAGGAGAACGAGGACUGAAAGGAGAGAAGGGAGAGCGGGGAGACAAAGGAGGAGAAAUAGUUGAGGAUGCUGUGGUGCGGCUGGUGAACGGCUCCGGGCCUCAUGAGGGCCGGGUGGAGGUCCUACAUGAGCUGCGAUGGGGGACGGUGUGCGACGACGUCUGGGACAUAAAGGAUGGGGACGUUGUGUGCAGGAUGCUGGGAUACCGCGGUGCCAAAGAAAUACACAAGACGGGACGAUUCGGACAAGGCACUGGGCUAAUCUGGAUGGACGAUGUUGCGUGUGUUGGUACUGAGGACGCCAUUCACCAGUGUAAGUUCUCGGGAUGGGGAAAAACCAACUGCGGUCAUGUAGAGGACGCAGGGGUGACCUGUAACGUGUAACCCGUUCGAGUAUUCAACAUCAUGCAGAAUGGACAGUCAACCAGUGUGUUUGGAGGACUUACGGCGAGCUGGAAGCAGCGUUGUGUUCGUCUAUACAGCAGAAGACUUACAUGUAUGAACCUGACUGUGUGAAAGACAGAGGUGUCAGCAUACCAGCAAACAGCCCAUAGCCAAACACUCCAGCCAUAUCCAUCAAACAGAGGGACAUAUAUGUCUCUGUGUGUGUGUUUGUAGAUGUAGUCCUGGUAUUCCUACCGAAUGUCCUCACAAGUAUAGCAAUACCAGUACAUUUUGACCUUGUGGGGACAUUUGUUUGGUUAUACAGCUCAUGAAUCAGACAGAAUGAAGGAUAGUGAAGAUGUAAAAGUGUAGAUUGAUUGCUGAGGAGCGAGUUUAGGGGGAGAGGAGAGAAUACAGUCUGCACAGUAGAAACAUCAUUACAGCUGUGUGUGUGUGUGUGUGUGUGUGUGUGUGUGCGUGCGUGCGUGCGUGCGUGCGUGCGUGUGUGUGUGUGUGUGUGUGUGUGUGUGUGUGUGUGUGUGUGUGUGUGUGUGUGUCUUCUACGCUGCUGCUUGGACUGUAUGUGUGUGGUUUGUAUAAGAAGUGGUUUUAUUAUGAAAGCCCAGAUGCAGUUCACAUUGUGUGCAGACAGAUGCAUUUAACUUUCCAAAGAUUUCUACGAACACACUUUAAACUUUAGUAUAUUUUUCACAACGUUUAACUAAAAAUGUUAAAGAUUUGUGUAGUUUAAAAGAUGUUGCUUUAAACUAAAAGUUUUGACCAUGUGAUGAUCAGGGGUGCGUUUCCCAAACAACGACAUAACUCGCAGCUGAACUGUCAUAGUACGAUGUAUCGUUUGGG